AUGAUAGACUUGACUGAUUUCGAGGUGGGCAGUUAUGAGUUCAAUCCAGUUAUUGUUCCCGACCACGAGCCGGACACUGUAUCCUUACGCAGGACAGUGUUCAGUGAUAUAGAGUUGGAAGAACUUAAUGAACUGGUUAAAGUAUACAAGAGAACAGAUCUUGAAAAGCCCGUGUAUGCCAUGGCCCAUUUCCCGGAAUUUUCCUCUGUUGUGUAUGGAGAGUAUGUUCUUGUAGAUUUCUCAGAAGUGAAUUUCAUAUCCCAUGAAGUAAUAGCCCGUCUGUAUAAAGAGGAAGAUACUAGGUUGACGAAGUUCUAUUUUGAAGCUUCUAUAACUACUGAAGGCUCGAUUGCUGCAGAGAUACAUACAACCCUUGAGUUGUUAAAUAGUAAUGAUGAGAUAGUGACCAGUAUUGAGGAGGACCUUCCGUACUCUGAUCCGUUUAGUGAGAAAACUAUUACUCUAGAGCCUACUAUUUCGAAGCCUAGGGCUAGUACAGUAACUCAUGCCAGAGCAUCUUUCAGAGUUAAUCUUGUUGAGGACUCUUUGUUGUCAGGGCAGUGGGCUUCCUUUUCUGUAGAUGUUCCUUUGGGAGAUAUAGGUGAAGGAAAGUUUUCUCACGGAAUGGAACUUAAGAAUGCCCCUUGCAUACCUAUACCUGAGGAUCCUGAUACGAUGUAUAUAUUCCUUAACCUGUAUGACAAUAAGCGGCUGUCUGUCAAAAAGGACACUUAUGUCCCUGGAGCGAAGAUUAGCAGUGAUUCUUAUUACUCUGUAGACCAGGGAGCGUACAUCAUAGGCUCCGACUUGAUAACUCCGGGAUGUCAGUAUGCAUUCAUUGGAGAACUGUAUACAGACUUCGAUGCUCUUGAGGACAAGUCUCUCGACACAAGAUAUGGAGGCAUCUCUGAGGUUAAUGUGCAGUCAAACACUUUCAUCCCUGCAAGUGUGAAGGUAGAUAUUAUUUCAGCCGUAGAGAAUAAUACCUCAGCUACGCUUAUCGGAAAUGAAGGAGAUACUUUCUUUCAGAGAUGGGACAGCCUCAAGGCUGUACCUAGAAGCUCUGAUGAUGUCAACCAGAAGGGACGUAAUGAUAUUGAUAGAGGAACUACACGUCUUACAGAUAUCGAUGUGACCAAUUUCGGAACUGUCAACCCUGUAUACUCUCUGGGAAACAAUAUGUUCAAGGCUUAUGCUAUGGACGAGAAGUUUGAUCUGGACUCUUAUGAGAGUUCAAUUACUUGGUCUAUGCAGAAGAAUGAUGGUGCUGAUAUAGAUGAAUGGUUGCAUAUCACACUUGCUUCUUCUCUGAAGCUUGAUGGUGAUAAAGGUAAACUCAAUGCACUCAGGAGAUUCAAUAACAGCAUUGUAUCUUUCCAGGAUAAGGGUAUUGCAGAGGUUCUCUUUAAUUCCAGAACACAGAUUACUACAGCUGAUGGAGUUCCUAUCGAGAUAGCAAACUCCGGCAAGGUAGAAGGCAAGAGGUACAUCUCGGACAAGUAUGGAGCACAGAACAAAUGGUCUAUCGUUGAGGGAAAGACAGGGCUGUUCUUUGUAGAUAACCUCAACAAGAUUAUCGGUCUGUUCUCGGGUAACGGAGUCGAGAGUUUGUCUACCAAAUCUCAACUGGACGCUUGGGUACGUAGCAAUAAUAGUACUGGAGUAUGGAACCCCAAGGACGAUUCCAACACUGUAGCUUUCUAUGACAAGGCUCAUUCAGAGGUAUACUUUGUCAAUAGCAGUAAUGAAGAGCAGCCGUGUCUUGUAUACAGCGAGGUGCUUGGAGGAUUUGUAGGAUUCUAUGACUACUCUAAGGUUCAGAUGAUGACCAAUAUCUCUGAUAGGUUUGUGUCUUAUCACAGCGACAAGAACGGAAAGUUCUCCUUGUGGCUUCAGAACGAGGGGGACUACUGUAACUUCUAUGGGGAGGAUAAACCCUUCUGGAUAACAUGGCGUGUUGCUCCUGAUAUGCUUUUUGAUAAGAUCUGGACCAAUAUAGAAUAUCAGGCUGAUUUCCUUGAGGUGCUCUCUGCUGAAGGUGAUGUGCCGGAGAUGGAGUUUAUCGACGGAGAUAUCAAAACCAAAUACACCAACAAGACUUUUGAUUCAGUUGAGGUGUGGAACGAGUAUCAGACCACAGGAGAAGUAAGUAUCCCAUCCAGGGCGUCCCUUCCUGGUAUUGAUAGGUAUCCUGAUGUGGCUAAGAAGUUCCGUACUUGGAGGAUGGAUAUUCCUAGAGCAACUAAAGAUGUUACAUCAGGUAACAAGUUUGGUUUGGACAGGAUAAGGAAUCCUUGGGUGUAUGUAAAACUGAAGAAGAACAGUGCAACUUGUAGUAUGAGCUUACCUAACAUAUUAAGCAUGGUCCCUGGAAAGGGCGAGAACUAUAUGACCAAGCUUCGAGACAUCAACUCGAGGCUUGGCUCUGCUGCUAGUGAAGUUGAAAAGCAGAUGCUUAAGUCUACAAGAGACGACCUCCUGUUUGAUGCAACUAUGACUGGUCUCAAUGGGGCCUUUUCUCUUGGCAAUCAGUUGCAGCAAAAUGGUCAGGGAGCUGAUAUUACUCAAUAUAGGAACAGGCUUGCAGAUAUGUCUGCCCAGAGAGGAUAUAACACAUAUAACAAUGACUCUCUUCUCAAUGCCUAUGAUACUACUCCUGUAGGUUUUCAUAUUGAUGAAAGGGAUCUCAAUCCUACUGCAGGUCAGUCAGCUAUGAAUAUCGGAAGCUCGAUGUUGUCUGGAGCAGCUACAGGAGCACAGCUUGGUGGGCUCUGGGGAGGAGUAGCAGGAGCCGCUGUAGGACUCCUAGGAGGUAUCGGUGCAGAUUCAGAUGCCAAGCGUAAGAACAGACUGAAUGCAGGCAUCAUGAACAGGUCUCAAGCCUAUGAGCAAGGAAUGAACUCAAUAGCCUUUCAGUCAAACGCUGACCAAGCAAAGAGAACCCAGUUCGGUACCCAGUACGGUACUCGUAUGGCUGAAGGCGGAAUGCUUCAUCCUACGAGAAAGCCUGUCGGUACAGGAGUCUAUCACAAUCAUUGCAAGGGCGGAACAUUGGUAAAUACAGGAGGGUCACAUCAGGAGAAUCCUUAUGGAGGAGUUCAAGUAGGUGUAGACCCUAACGGCAUUCCUAAUCUUCUCGAGGAAGGAGAGCCUGUAUAUGAUGAUUAUGUAUUCUCGGAUAACAUCUAUGCUGAUGGUGGAAUUCUAGACAAGUUCAUUAUUCCUAAGAAGUAUGCAGGUAUGCUUUACUCUGAGGCGGCUGACAAAAUCCUUUCCGAGGCAGAGCUAAGGCCUAAUGAUCCUAUAUCCAACAAUGGUCUUAGGGUGAUGCUCCACAGACUUGCUGAUGCUCAGGAAGCCCAGAAGCAGAAGAAGGAAGCAGCUAAGCUCAAGAGACAGAUCAACAAGAUGUCUCCUGAGGAACUUGGUCAGCUGGAGUCAAUGAUGGCAGCAGCACAGGCUUCACAGGAAAUGUCACAGGCCCCUAUGAUGCAGCAGAUGCCUCAGGAAAUGUCUAUGGAGGAACAACAGUCGAUGCCCAUGAUGGCAGCUAACGGAGGCCUGCUUCGUAGGUAUGGUGCAGGAGGGCCUCUCAGUGAAGAUGAGGAAGCACUUCUUCUUUCAGGACUGUCAGAUGAGCAGAAGCAGUACUAUGCAGAGCAUGGAUACUUGGAGCCUAGUUACUCUAUCGGUAUACCUGGGUGGAUAGGCAGUCCUGCGACUAAAGGAAUACAGUUAGUAAAAGGAGCAGUAAAGACUCUUCCUGCCGUCGCAGAGAAAGCUACAGCUGCUUAUUCCAAAGCUAAGACUCUUCUGAAGUCUGCUCCUAAGACUGGAGAGGCUGCUGCUAAAGCAUUUGAGGAAGCAGAGCAGUUAAAGAUAGCCACAGCGAAAGCAAAGAAAGUACAAUCUCUUGCCAAGGGUGCAGUUACUAGAGCUAAGAAUACUGCUGCUAAAGCUACUGAAAACUUUAAUACUAUAAAUAAAGAGCUUGCAGAACUGGCAGCUAAAAGUGCCAGAGGUAAGAUUUCAACAGCCGAGGCUGCUCGUUAUAAGGACUUACAGGCUGGAUAUACCAAGGCUAGUGAGAAGGUAAAAGCGACAAAGAGUGCUAUCGAGGCUAGGGAAAAAGCAUACAAGGCUGCACAGAAAGCAUACUCUAAAGCACAGAGGGGUGUGGAGGUUACUACGAAAGCAGCGUCUACAGUAGCACCCGCAGCUGAAGCUACUGCACAGGCUGCAAAAGAACCUAUGACUUUCAAGAGACUUGCUACAGGAGCACUUCAGACUGGAUUUGAUCCUACAUAUCUUUGGCGUACCUGGAAGCCUACUACAACAGCAGGUAAGAUUGGUGCAGGAGUUGUGAAGACUGCACAAUCUGCCCUCGCACUAGAGAACGACGCUCAUCUUCUUCCGGGAGUAGAGUAUGGUCCUGUGAGUGGGGUGGUAUCUGCAUUCACGAACAAGUAUGACAGGGCAUCAGACUCUCAGCCUACUACAGACUUCUACAGCUUUUUCAAUGAGCACGCUGAAGGAGGUCCUGUGAAUAGGUUUGACGGGGAAUCUCAGAGUCAGAUAUUUCGCCUUGGUACAGGAAACACUGCCUACUAUCCUUUCCCUAGUAUGGAUCAGGGAGUACCUAUUCCUCAGAGACCAGUUCCUCAGAGGCUUGCUCAGCCUAGAGCAUUCCUUCCUUAUAACAAUACCAAUGGCUUUGCUUAUUACACUGAUGGAGCAUAUGAUCAGGGAUAUCUUGAUUGGUUGAAUGACCAGAAAUUUAAUGACGAUGGUUCUACUUUUAAUAAUCUUGCUCAGUACUAUAAGAGCAAGACAGGAAGGACACUGACUCCUGAACAGGCAGUAAGGCUCGGUCAGGAUCAGAAGUUCGGGGAGUUCCAUAAUAUUCUGGGCAAUGCCUACACUAAUUAUUUGCAGAACAAUGCAGGUCAGACAGACGGCUCACAGCUUCCGUUGGCACUGUCAGAUGCUGACCUCGACGGAAUAAUGGCUGAUGCUGAUAGGAGUCUUAUGAACCUGAAUGCUCCUAGCCAGCCUACAGGACAGUAUGUGGAGCGUGGUGCACCUCUCUUUAGAGGUCAGACAGUUGAACAGGCAGCAGCUGGUGCUCUUACUGGAGGCUCUGCUCCCGGACUUGCUUUUCCUGACAGACCCACAGGACAGUCUGCUUCUACAGUUCCGAACUAUAGCACUCUUCCUAGGUAUGCAGGUAUCCUUAACAACGCUCUGAGUACAGCAUACAAUCUUACACAGACUCCCGACAGGUAUGAAUACAAUCCUGUAAGGGCGUACUCUCCCGAAGGUAAUAUGCCUCUUCAGAUGCAGAGGUUCAUGCCUAUGGAUGUGUCAUUGCCGGUACAGGCUGCUCAGCGUGCAGGUGCGGCUACUGCAAGAAGUAUCAGGAACUCAGGAGCUGGCCCUUCUACAGGAGCUUUGCUUCUUGGUGCCGGUGCUAACACUGGUAAUGCUAUGGGUACUGCUUUCAAUCAGGGCUGGUUCGACAAUAACAAUCAGAGAAAUGCAGUCAUAGGAGCAAACAAUACUGCCCUCGGUCAGAUGUCACAGCUUGGAGCUGGACUUUCCGCUCAGCGUGCUGCUGCUCUUAAUGCUGCCUCUCAGUAUAAUAAUCAGCUUGGUCUUCGUCUUCAGAUGAUGAACAAUGCUGGAGAACAGGCAAAGGCAGAUGCUGUGGGUAUGGGUCUCGAGAAUCUUUCUGCUGGACUUGCAGGUCUUGGCACUGAGAACUUCAGGAUGAAUCAGAUUAAUAACAACCCUACACUGUAUCAGUACGUCGGAAAGAACGGUGCUCCUCUAUAUAAACCUAUCCAGCAGUUCACUGACGCUCAGAACGCUGCUGCUGAAAAGUAUGACCAGCUUGCAAUGGACACAGAGGCUCUUCGUAACUACAUAAGUGAAGAAGAUGAUCCUAAGGCACACAAACUGUAUCAGGCUUACAGAGACAGUCUACAGACCCUUCAGGACAAUCUUUGGAAUAAAGGCUAUAAUGCCAGCACUGUUCGGGAUUUGGCUGCUGCACGUGCAGGAUAUGCCAGUGAUAUUACAAGACUUGCCAAGGCUAUUGAAGCCAGACAGUCACGUAGCAAGGAAUACUGGGACACAAAGCAUAAGAAUCCUGAUAUGGUGAUGGGUGCUGACCCUGGUAUUAGGGGACUGGAUAACUAUCUGGAUAAUGAUAACUACGGACAGGAUUGGUAUUCAUACAGUGGUAAUCAACUCGCAAAAGAGGUUGCUGCUGAUAUGGAUGCUCGUGCUGCUGAGCUUCUUCGUGAUCCUCAGAUAAUGCAGAACCCUCAAAUUGCCGGAUACAUCACUCGUGUUACUCAGAAAGGGUUUACCAAUGAUGAAAUUAAUUCCGCCGGCAUUGCAGCCAAGGCUUAUUUGAGAGGCGAUGAGUCUGCACUUAACAGCCUUGAUCCUAUCACUCGAAUGGCAGCCGAGGUACUUGUCAAUAGGAUGGGUGCUACAGGUGCUACUACAGGAGAGAAUGGUAAUCUUGAUACAGCAGAGUAUGACCGUCUCUUCAACUAUGCUAUGAUGGGUGCUUCCUCAGGUAUCAAGGGUCAGGAUCUCAAGGACUUUGAGGAUAAGAACUGGGAGUUCGCAAGGCAGAUGGCUCUUGCUGCUGCUAAGUCCUCUUCAAGUAACCCUAACUCAAAUUCAGGACAGCAGCCUGUACAGGAGGGAGGAUACACAGUAGACCCUAUCAUCUCACAGAUUAUGGCUAAGGAUGCCGAUGAAGCAUCAGCUGCCAAUAAUAAGAUGUUUGAAGGUACUUUCAAGAAAGAUGGUCCUCUUAAUGUGAAACUCCCUGAUGGAAGGACUGUUCCUGUAUCGAUUGGAUGGGCAGAACAGAGUCAAAGACAGCGUGCCGCUAUUCCCGGAGCAAACGGAAAGAUUAUUUCUGUUGAGACAGGAGACCUUAAGAGCUCGGAUGCCAAGAGGCUCGGAAUCACUUCAAAGGAUCCUGUAGCAAUCUUCGAGAUUAUCAACGGUAAGAGAGUACUUAAUGACUCCUUCACUAAGGAGUAUAACAAGAGACUCGCUUCCCAUCAGGACUAUGUAAAAUCAAUCCUUAAGAAUAAUAAGGGUAUCAAGAUCAACGAAAACACUAUAAGCCCUAAGGAGCUUAAGGAGUUGGCGAAGAAAUUUGAUAUAGCAGAGGACCUCUCUCCUGAGGAUACCAGAGCAGCUAUAGAGACUAAGAAGUACAUUGACCACAGAGCACCUGCAAUACUUGCUGAUGCUUCUGAACGUAUGAAGAGUGUCCGUGCUGAGCUAGCAGAUAAUAUCAUUGCUUCCUACCAGCAAGGCAUGGCAUAUACUCAGGCUAAGGUGACGGACGAGUCUUCAAGAGAGUUUGCAUUCUAUAAGGUAGCUAAGGGAGGAGGAGAGUUUGAGAAACAAGGAACUCUCGAUAAGGCUAAGGUAUUUAACCUGGACAACCAAGGCAAUAUUAAGAAUGACAGCAUUCUGUCUGUAGCUGUAUCCCCCUAUGAUCUACUCAAUGGUAAAGUCAGGAUAACCACUACUAAGGGAGUGUUCGGUGUGGACCCCAGGAUGUUAGGCGGCAUAAACGCUGAUACCUUGAAUAACCUUAAAGGCAGUGUUGCAUUCUUGAUGACUCCUCUUAUGGAUCCUGAUAAGGUACUCAAGUGUUCUCCUGAGGAGGAGAAGAACCUUACUGCGAAUAUGUACUGGAUACUUGAUCAGUUCGCCCCUGUAAAAGAUAAUGGUGAGCCUAUUAUGGCAAAAGAGUUUAUACGUAAUCGUAAGUAUCAGGAUGCCCUUUAUACAGGUAUUACGCAGUUUAUGAAUACUGCUCUUGCUCACCCUAGGGAACUUAAAGGUCAGCAGGGAUUCCAGGUUACAGGAGGCACUUCAACACAUCCUCAGCAGUACAAUCCUUUUUUGAAAUAA